AUGUCAUCCGGCAGCCAGAAGUCGACUGUACAAUGUGCCGUGUGCAAAAAGGUGAAGACUGGAAAGAUGGUGCAAUGCGACGCAUGUGACCAAUGGAGUCAUUUUGCAUGCGUGGGCGUAGAUGACAGCAUUGCAGACCUGCCUUGGAGUUGCGAAAAAUGCAACACGGUAAUGCAGGUUUCAGAAGCGGUUCCGAAUAAGGCACCAAGUGAGGAGGACUUGGUAAGUAAGGGCGGUUCAAUCAUGUCAAGAAACAGCAUGAGAAUCGAACUGCAGUACUUAGAAGAGCAAAGAAAAGCCGAAAUGAAAUAUAUAGAAAAGAAACGUACAAUAAUGCUGAAGUAUGUAGGCGAGGAUGAUGUUAAGGGUGAAGGCAUGAGUGAGGUAAGGACACAUAGGACGCUAGAAUGGGUGAAGAAGCAGGUUGGUAUGAACAACGAUGACAGCAAGCCAAACGAAGGUUGUGGUGUUCAGUUGGGUGGUUCAGCUGAUAGGGCGGAAGCCCAAGCAGUAUCGAAAGUUAUACCGGCGCUGAUGAUAGAACAAAUUAAUGCGCGUCAUGUCGUUCCACGAGAUUUGCCUAUAUUUACCGGAAAACCGGAAGAGUGGCCACUUUUCUACAGCAGUUUCAGCAAUUCAACACGUUUAUGCGGUUUCAGUGAAGACGAGAAUCUUUUACGAUUGCAACGUGCCCUUAAGGGUAAGGCACUUGAAUAUGUUAGCAGUAGGCUCAUGAUACCAGCAUUAGUGCCGGAAAUAAUGUCAACUCUUCAAAUGGUAUUUGGAAGACCAGAACACAUAAUCAAUAACUUAAUUACUAAAAUUCGAGCAGUGUACAUUAAUAUAAAUAAAUUGGACACAAUUGUUACGUUCGCCUUAGAGGUAAAAAAUUUGAUCGCAACUAUGGAGGCUUCAGAGUUACAUUCACCCUUAGUGAACCCGUUGCUUAUCCAAGAGCUUGUGGAAAAACUACCACCGCAGAUGCGAUUGCAGUGGGCUGUUGCAUCGCGUAAUAUCAAUGUAACACUUAAAACAUUCGGCAACUGGAUAUAUGAACUAGCAGAAGCAGCAAGUAAUGUAUCGCCCGUUUUUAGUGCUGGAGCCAGUGUAGAUAAUGAAAGGCGCAAAGCGCAACGCAUUAAUUUUCACGAAGAAGAACCUCAGGGUGCAGUAGGCGAUAAGCACAAAAUUCUAGCAUGCUUUUAUUGCAAGGAGGCACAUGCGUUGAAAAAGUGUGCAAAGUUUAGAACACUAAAAACAGACGCGAGGUGGAACGUAGUGCGUGAAAUGAGACUAUGUGGAAGAUGUCUACUGCAGCAUGAUUUUCGAACGUGCAAGAGCACCCGAGAGUGCGAUAUACACAAUUGCAACAUGAAACAUCACCCAUUGCUACAUAAACAAACAAGUUCAACUGCAAGUGGGGCAAAUGAAACGUUGGCGGUUCAUCAUCAACUAACUUCACAAGCGCUGUAUAGAAUUGUUCCAGUUACAAUAUAUGGAAAUGGUGUUACCUGCAACAUUUAUGCCUUUCUGGAUGACGGAUCUGGUCCAACGUUAAUAGAAAAAGACGUAUUAAGACAACUGCGGAUUAAAGGUGAAAUGAAAGAUCUUUGUUUACGAUGGACAGAUGGUACGGUACGCAAGGAACCUGAUUCUGAGCUGGUCAACCUGCAAGUCUCCAAAAUACGCGAAGGUAAAAGGUAUUCGUUGUGCAAUGUGCGUUCAGUAGCUAAGCUGGAGCUACCCGAGCAAUCUUUAAAUAUGACAGAACUUACCGAUAAGUAUAAACAUUUAAAGGGACUACCAGUAGAAUCGUAUCAAAACGUUAGGCCUCGAAUGAUAAACGGCCUAAGCAAUAAAGAGGUAGCUAUGCCAAUGAAGUUCAGAGAGGGAGGCAAGAAUGAGCCAGCUGCAACGAAAACUCGACUCGGUUGGACCAUAUAUGGAAUAAUUAAGCACGAACCUAAUACUAUUAGGGAAACGUUAAAUUUACACAUCUGUGAAUGCGAUGAUGAUCUAAGUUUGCAGCGUUUAGUGAAAGAUUUUGUCAGUAAUGAAAACGUUAUUGAAAGUAAGAAAAAACUAGAAAAUAUGGAGUUGGAACAACAAAGAAGUAUGCAAUCAAAAAUAAGUCGAAAUGGUGAAUACUUUGUAACAAGAUUGCUUUGGAAAUCAAAUAACAUUACUAUGCCGGAUAAUUACUUAAUGGCGUUGCGUAGACUUCAGUGCUUUGAGCGCAAGCUGCAAUCCAAUGUAACAUUGCAAAGCUGGGUAUGUGAUCACAUCGAUGACAUGAAGGCGAAAGGUUAUAAACGCCAGCUGAAACCUAACGAAGCCGAGGGGUGUUAUCCACGUAAAUGGUACCUACCGAUGUUUACAGUCAGUAAUCCGAAUAAACCACAAAAGCAAAGACUAGUGUGGGAUGCAGCUGCACAAUAUGACGGAGUCUCGUUAAAUGCGUGUUUGGAGAAAGGUCCAGAUCUGCUCACUUCGUUGGUAGAUGUUCUUGUUAAUUUCAGAAUCGGAAAAAUUGGUAGAAGUGGCGACAUUAAAGAGAUGUUUCAUCGAGUACUCGUGAAAGAAGAAGAUCAACAUUCACAACGCUUCCUGUGGAGAAAUUGUGACGAUAGCAGACCACCAGACGUUUAUUUGCUACAAGUUAUGAGUUUUGGGGCAACAUGUUCACCAUCGUUGGCACAACUGGUAAAAAAUAGUAAUGCCCGCGAAUACGAAACCGAGUUUCCGCGAGCAGUGAAAUGUAUUUUACAAAGGCAUUAUGUAGAUGACAUGCUGGAUAGCGUCGACACAGUGGAGGAAGCGAUUAAUCUAGUCAAUGAGGUUAGAAAUAUUCAUAAGAAAGCAAAUUUCCAUAUUCGCAAUUGGGUUUCAAAUUCUAACGCAGUGCUGAAAGCUAUAGUUUGGCGAAGUGGAGUUAGCUGGGAUGACGCUAUUCCUAAUGAGCUAGUUGAUGAGUGGAACAAAUGGCUGUCGCUGCUUGGCGGUGUGAAAAAUGUGAAGAUACCGAGAUGUUACUUCGCUUCGGUUAAUAAGGAUGCAGACUCCAUUGAAUUGCAUGUCUUUGUGGACGCAAGUGAGGUUGCAUAUGCAGCGGUGGUGUACCUAAGAGCGAAGAAUCGCAACAACAUAGAUGUUUCAUUGAUAUGUUCUAAAGCAAAAGUUGCACCAUUACGACCAAUAUCAAUUCCAAGACUGGAACUACUCGCGGGGGAAUUGGGAGCACGCUUAGGAAACAACAUAAAAAGGGCAAUAGAUUUGAAAGUGACCAGUAUAACGUAUUGGAGCGAUUCAAAGGCUGUUCUAUCGUGGAUAAAAUCUGACCCACGAGAUUACAAACAAUUUGUAAUGUUCCGCAUAGCAGAAAUCCAGGAGUUGUCCGAAGCAGAACAAUGGCGGUACAUUCCUACAAAAUUAAAUGUUGCGGACUUGGCUACAAAACAAACUAGUAAUCUAGACUUUACUUGGAAAAACCCUUGGUAUAAGGGACCGAAGUUCCUGUAUGAAGCAGAAACUUGUUGGCCAAAUAAUGUUGGCGUACAGAAAUAUAACGAAGAUGCUGAAAUCAGAAAGCAACGAUUGUUGGUGGCUCAUGUAGCAGAGGAGGAACCUCUCAUAGAUGUCUACCGAUUUUCAAAGUGGGAACGUUUAGUUCGAUGCAUGGCCUAUGUGAAAAGAUUUAUGUCUUUACUAUCAACUAAUGAAAUGAAAAAGAAGAAAUCUGUAAACCAAUGCUUGUCAGUUGAGGAACUGAAAUGGAGUGAAAAUUUCUUGUACCAGACAGCCCAGUUACAGGAUUACAAGAAAGAAAUGACCGCAUUAAAUAGAGACACUAAUAUUACUCUUUCUAAAAUUAGCCCUUUGCGAAAACUUUCACCAUUCAUAGAUGCACAGAAUGUUUUAAGAUUAAAAGGUAGAUUAGAUAAAGCCGUAUGCAUCGAUGAUUCAACCAAAUUCCCAAUUAUACUAUCAAGGAAAAACUACAUAACUAAGUUGAUCGUAGACUGGUAUCAUCGAAAAUGGAAACAUCUAAAUCAUGAAACGGUGGUUAACGAAAUCUUUCAGAAAUACCACAUUCCGGGACUGCGUAGACUGUUAAAGCAGGUAAGAAAUAAUUGCCAACAUUGCAAGGUUCGCGAUGCGAGUCCAAAGCCGCCGGAGAUGAGUGUGUUACCAGAAGCACGACUAUCAGCAUACUCCCGACCAUUCUCACAUGUUGGAAUAGAUUAUUUUGGCCCGUAUACUGUAACAGUAGGAAGGCGCUCAGAGAAGCGCUAUGGCGUCGUUUUUACAUGCCUUACGUGUCGAGCAGUGCAUUUGGAGAUAGCUUAUAGCCUGUCAGCCAGCUCGUGUUGUAUAGUGAUACGAAAUUUCAUAGCCCGAAGAGGAGUGCCGAAUGUCAUCUAUAGUGACAAUGGAACAAACUUAACAGCAGCUGAAAAGGAGUUACGAGAAUCAAUAAAAAACGUGGACUUCAAUGAAUUGCAAGCUGAAUUUACAAGUCCGGAAACACAAUGGGUUUUUCUUCCACCAGCUGCGCCGCACAUGGGUGGAGCGUGGGAGCGGAUGGUGCGAUCCAUAAAAACAGUGUUAGGAGCAAUAAUAAGCCCGCAAGCAAAAAUUAAUGAUGAAAAGAUGCAUAACCUGUUCUGCGAGGUAGAAUCAAUCAUAAAUAGCAGACCGCUCACUUAUUUGUCGAUUGAAACAGCAAGCGAAGAAGCGUUAACUCCGAAUCAUUUCUUGUUGGGGUCAUCUUCCGGGAACAAGCCGCCGGGGAAGUUCGAUACUAACGACGAGCACGUGAAAUCCUCCUGGAGGCAUUCGCAAUACCUUGCCGAUCGGUUCUGGAAAAAAUGGAUACAAGAGGUGCUUCCAACGAUGACAAGACGGACGAAAUGGUUUGGUAAGAUAAAACCCAUCGAAGCAGGUGAUGUCGUCAUUAUUGUUGACCCAAAUUCUCCUCGCUACACAUGGCCGAAAGGAAUUGUAAUUAGUGCCAUUAAAGCAAGGGACGGGCAGACCAGGAGCGCCAUAGUGCAGACUACUCGAGGGCAAUAUCAUAGACCUGCUGCAAAAUUAGCCGUAUUAGAUGUUCGUGGAGCGGCAGUUUAG